UCUAACCGAUGCUGCACUGUAGCACCGUUCGGAUUCAGAGCAUUUUUUAUUUUUGAAUGGUUUUUAACAUUGUCAACAAAGAUGGAUGACGUGCCGCAUAGUGACGUUCAGAUAUCAUCUAUUGUGGUGGUGAACAUAUUGUGGUGGAUGGUGAUGAUUGCAGGCAUCGGUCUGGGUAUCACUCAUCUGGGAUUGUGCCCGGCACAGCCUAGAAUUCCCAUCUAUCUUGUGGUUCUGGGCGUGUCCAGCCUGCUAGCCCUGUCCGCGACCUACUGCCGCUGCAUCUGGGAGGGUGGCGUGGGGAGCACGCUCACCUCCGUUUGCAUGGCCCUGCUACACUUCUUUACGUUUUGCUGGUUCCUUGCAGGUAGCAUCUGGGUCUAUAGUGUCUAUCCACCCAGCUAUACGCCCGGUGAAUCCCGGUACUGCCACAAGACCACCUACAACUUUGCAUUCGUGGUCACUGCCAUACUGUGGGCCACCACCUCGCUGUCGUUGUGCUGCUGCGCUUGCUUCCUGGCGCUGACCUGCUGCUCGACCAUCAAGGCGAGACGCAGGCUGACGCCCAGUCGCAGUGCAUCAUAUGGAACCGCUCAUCUUUUCGAAGAAGACACCGUAGCUGCUGGUGUUUAACCGCAACCUGUGUGUGGAGGUUAUUUUUGUCUUUUCGUAUCUAACUGUAUUUUACAUUUAUAUUUUUUUCUGUUUAUA